CUGGGCGCGGGGCGAGCUGUUCAAGGGCCAGAGCAUUUAAAGGGGCCAUUUAAAGGGGCCGUGCACGUGGGCGUGUGGACGGGGCAUUUGUUCCUCCCUCCGGCCGUGGCACCGGCGCUGGUCCUGCGUUGCAGGGGCAGGAGGGAGACGGGUCUUUCUGGGCGUGUGAGCAGCUGGACGCAGUCGCGGCCCGGAGCCGGCGACCUGGUGCCCGGGUGUUGGGCUGUUUUAUCGGCACUUACAGCUGUGGGAGGCGCCCAGAACCCAGCAUUUGGAGCUGAAGGAGCCUGGGACAGUAGCUAGUCCCCAGCCCACAUGUUAUGGACGAAGAAACGCAGCCCACAGACCUCCUACGGAGGUCGCCCAGGUAGGAGACAGCACAGCCAGGCUCCGUCCUGGCCUCGAGUCCUGCUGCCCAGCCCGUGGGCCAGCUCCGCCCUUGGGCCGUUGGAUGGAAGGCUCCUGUCUGCUGACUUCUCGAGUAUUCCCCGGUGAAGGGGUGCACUGUGGUUGGUGGCUCACUGCAGGCGGGCAGCCUGGGAGCGCCCACCGGAACAACUGCGGAGCCAACUUCACCCCAAGUUGACUCCCUGGGCUGCCAAGUCUGCGUGCUGCCCGCACGGAUGCCCUGCUGUGUGCACAGCUCCUUCUGCAGACACCUGAGCCUGCAGGGCCUUCAGCCAAGACCUUUGGCAGGAAUUAGGCUCUGGAGAAGCGGCUGCAGGACAAAUUCCAAGAAGUAGCGUUUCAGGAUCAAAAGACACUUCUAGAGGCAGGGCCAUGCUCACGUUCAUGGCCUCUGACAGCGAGGAAGACGCGUGCAACGAGCGGACGUCCCUGAUGUCAGCUGAGAGCCCCGUGCCUCGCUCCUGCCAGGAAGGCAGGCAGGGCCCCGAGGACGGAGAGGAUGCGGCCCAGUGGAGAAGCCAGGGCCGCGAGGAGGGCCAGGAGGAAGACCCUGACCGCUACGUCUGCAGCGGGGUCCCCGGGCGGCUGCCGGGCCUGGAGGAGGAGCUGACCCUCAAGUACGGGGCGAAGCACGUGAUCAUGCUCUUCGUGCCCGUCACGCUGUGCAUGGUCGUGGUGGUGGCCACCAUCAAGUCCGUGCGCUUCUACACGGAGAAGAACGGGCAGCUCAUCUACACGCCCUUCACCGAGGACACGCCCUCGGUGGGCCAGCGCCUGCUCAACUCCGUGCUCAACACCCUCAUCAUGCUCAGCGUCAUCGUGGUCAUGACCAUCUUCCUGGUUGUGCUGUACAAGUACCGCUGCUACAAGUUCAUCCACGGCUGGCUGAUCAUGUCCUCGCUGAUGCUGCUGUUCCUCUUCACCUACAUCUACCUCGGGGAAGUGCUCAAGACCUACAACGUGGCCAUGGACUACCCCACCCUGUUCCUGGUCGUCUGGAACUUCGGGGCGGUGGGCAUGGUGUGCAUCCACUGGAAGGGCCCGCUGGUGCUGCAGCAGGCCUACCUCAUCAUGAUCAGCGCGCUCAUGGCCUUGGUCUUCAUCAAGUACCUCCCGGAGUGGUCCGCCUGGGUCAUCCUGGGCGCCAUCUCUGUGUACGAUCUCAUGGCUGUGCUGUGCCCCAAGGGGCCGCUGCGGAUGCUGGUGGAGACGGCCCAGGAGAGGAAUGAGCCCAUAUUUCCUGCCCUGAUAUACUCCUCCGCCAUGGUGUGGACAGUGGGCAUGGCCAAGCCGGACCCCUCCUCUCAGGGGGCCCUUCAGCUCCCCUACGACCCAGAGAUGGAAGAAGACUCCUGCGACAGUUUGGGGGAGUCCUCGUACCCGGAAGUCCUUGAGCCCCCCCUGCCUGGCUCCCCAGGGGAGGAGCUGGAGGAAGAGGAGGAAAGAGGCGUGAAGCUGGGCCUCGGAGACUUCAUCUUCUAUAGCGUGCUGGUGGGCAAGGCGGCGGCCACGGGCAGCGGGGACUGGAACACCACGCUGGCCUGCUUCGUGGCCAUCCUCAUCGGCCUGUGCCUGACCCUCCUGCUGCUCGCCGUGUUCAAGAAGGCGCUGCCCGCCCUGCCCAUCUCCAUCGCCUUCGGCCUCAUCUUCUACUUCUCCACCGACAACCUGGUGCGCCCCUUCAUGGACACGCUGGCCUCGCACCAGCUCCACAUCUGAGGGCGGCCGCCGGGGGUUGUGACCGAUGCAGCUGUAUAGUCUCACACUCUAGUGCCAUAUACUUUUAAGACUUUUAUUUCCUUAGAAAAAAAGUAAACGAGAAUAAAAAAAGACCGUGUUUACUGCGUGGAGAAGAACCGCCUUUUGGUGCUAGUUUUGCCACCAGACGGAGGCUCACCCUUCCCGAGCGCUCGCUGGGAAACAAGCCCACCCAGAGGCGCGGGAGGGGCGCCAUGGGCCGGCGCCUCGGAGCCGGGAUGUGCGGGGCGAGAGGAGGGAACGAAGGAAGGUGCGCGCACAGCAGGCCCAGCUCCCACGCAGGGCAGGGCGGCACCAGGCACCCGGUCACUGGCCGGAGAAAAGCCCACUUUGUCUGCGAGGAAUGUGGCCAGUGCUUUGUCUAGGACGUCAGUAUGUUAUUACCUUUAGAAACCAAGUCCUAAUCGUGUUACAGCAGUUCCCCUGGGAAGUGGCUUCAUAUUAAUAUCAAUAAAAGAUGAAUCCUG